AUGACUGAGGUACAUUCGGAUAGAUGGAAAACCACUGGUAGUAUAUUAUACGUUAUUGUCAUUACUGUUUUCGACGGUAAUGCAGUUGAUGACGGUUUUGAUUAUGAUGUUGUUGACGAUUACGCGGAGGAGCGGGGUUGGGAAAGGCUGCACUGCAUAACAAGGAAUAAAGUCUUUCAGUUCGCCAGGAUGGGAAAGGUGAGGACUGGGAUAGAGAAAGAAGGGUAA